GUUCCACGCUUGUGUGUGUACACGCGAACGUAGCAAAAUACCAGACAGAACAGUUAGUUACAUAGUUAUUUGUUUUACAAGGAGGCAAAGUUGUACUCCUCAUAUAAUAUUGAUAUCCGAGUAAGAGAAAGAUUCUAAAAUUGAAUUGAAUUGACUUCGAGCGUAGCGGGUAGUUCGAAAAGUGGAAUCUUGAGCGUUGCGAGGGUUUCAAGGCACGAGGAUUAUACAAACUUUGCUUCUGGGUAAACACAAAUUUACUCACCACACCAAGACGAGGAAAAUACUAACUGAAAAACAUUCGAAUCAAAUCCAAAUGAUCGCUAUUCCACGAGCCAACAUGAGGAAACAACUCAAAAUUUACAUCAAAUGACUUUACCACUUUUGUGCACAAAAUGUACAUUCUCGUCAUGAAGAAUAAAAACCGGCCAAGUGCGAGUCGGACUCGCGCACGAAGGAUUCCGUAGCAUUAUAUAUAAAAACGGAAAAAAACACGUUUGAUGUAUGGGAGCCCCUUAAAUAUUUAUUUUAUUCUGUUUUUUUAAAUUUGUUGUAAUAGCGGCAACAGAAAUACAUCAUCUGUCAAUAUUUCAACUGUCUGUCACGGUUAAUGAGAUACAGCCUGGUGACAGACGGACAGACAGACGGACGGACAGCGGAGUCUUAGUAAUAGAGUCCCGUUUUACCCUUUGGGUAUGGAUGGAACCCUAAAAAGAUCCUUUACGAGCUGAUAUAGUGAAAAACUAGAUCUUAUAUAUUUAUAUGUAAACACUAGGUAGGUACACGUAAAAAUUAAGUCGUUAAUUAAAAUAUUUUAAUUAUAAUCGACAGUUUCUUCUUGAAGGAAGCGCCUCAUGACGAAAGAGAGUGAUGAAACAACAAGGGCAACCUACAGAAUAGAAAAUACGAGGACUAGGUGUUUAUGAGGCAGAGGUUCCAAACAUAAAUGUACCUAAUUAAAAUAAGCAAUAUUUUUUGCAGCCAGUUAUAAUUUUGGUAACAGUAAUUUUUUAUUGCAAAUGUGAUGAAAUUUAUAAGAGAUAUAUAGGAGCUUUUAAAAUGUUGCGUGAAAUUUGUUUAUCGCUCCUAACUAGUAUAAUAAUUAAAAAAAUCAAGAAAAAGUCAAACAAAGAGGCACAGUUGUUUGAGGAAAUGGAAACUACUCGUACAUUUCUAUGGAAAAGCGGUCGUCCAUUAUCUUCUUAAAGUCCGUCUAUUUUAUAUAAUGUCCACAGGAAAGUCGCAUAGGUAACCUUAAAUCAUACUAAAUAAGUUCAUGACCUGAGUGUCUGUGUGUUAGAUAUAUAUAGUUAUGAGAUUCGGAUUACCUACAUAAAAAUAAGUCAUCAUCAUCAUCUGUCUGCACCAUUCACCAUCAUCUGGGAUCGGCUCUCUUUGUCCAUUUUCUCCAUUCCACCUUCAUAUAAAUUAAUCAAAUAAGUAAAACAGCUCCUCGGUUGGGUACCCCUGCAAACAGAUGCACUCUACCAUAACUUGGGCUGUAGUCACAAGUUGUUAAGUAUAUUAUUGCAAAUAGAUACCAAUAUAAAAACCAACAUACUCACCCACCGUAUCAUUAUUGUACUGACACCUCAAAUCAAGACAUCAGCGCUUCAGCACAAUGUGUCUCAAAGUUGUGUUGCUUAGUGUGGCAAUGGCCGUCUGCCAUGCCGGUUACAUCGGAUUGGAUGCGACCUCGUCACAAACUGUAGUUCGCCACGACGAACUCGAGCAACACGGACAUAUUGGACAUGCCGGACAUGUCUCACAUGCUGGUCAUAUCGGAGAUGUCGGUGCUCCCAUCUAUGAGCCGAGCUAUGAAAAUGAAGCACACUAUGUGUACCAGGGCGCAGGAUACAACCCUGGAGAUUACAAUCACGGUCAGAACGAGUACUCCGCUGGUGUUCAACUUCAUGCAGCAUACCAGCCUCUGGCUACAUACGCCUCCGGAUACAAUAACUAUGCUCCACCGAAGUACCACUUCACGUACUCCGUGUCGGACCCGCACACGGGCGACCACAAGUCGCAGUUCGAGUCGCGUGACGGCGACGUCGUGAAGGGCAUGUACUCGCUGGUGGAGCCGGACGGCAACGUGCGCAUCGUGCAUUACACCGCCGACGACGUCAAUGGAUUCAACGCUGUGGUGGAGCGAACCGGCCCAAACGUCCACACGACAACGUAUCACUGAUUUCUUGUAUUUAAUUCAAUUAGUUACCAAACUCCAAAAUAUAAUAAACAUAUACCAAAUAAUUUAACCGUUAAUUAUUAAAUAAUAUAUUUACUUGUUUAAUAAUCA